AUGAGCGCGAAUCCAAGUCCCUACAGCGUCGAGUCUCUCUUCCGAGUCGAUGGCCUUGUUGCUGUCAUCACCGGUGGAGGCUCUGGUCUAGGCAGAAUCACAGCCCAUGCCCUCGCCGUCAACGGAGCCAAGGCCGUCUAUGUCCUUGGGCGACGAGAAGACUCCCUGGCCGCCACGAGAGAUACAUGUCCAAAGCCAGAGGCCAUCCGACCCAUUGUCUGCGAUGUCACCUCCAAGGACUCUUUGAAAGCAGCUGCCGAUCGUGUUCGCGGAGAGCUGGGUUACUGCGACGUCGUCUUCGCCAACAGCGGAGUCAUCACGGCUGACAGUUCAGACAUCAUAAAGAAUGCCAACACUCUCGAUCUCAAGGCGAUUCAAGAGGGACUUUGGGAGCACAGCAUGGAAGAGUUUACGCAGUCUUUUCACGUCCACGUCACGGCUGUUUUCUACACUGCCCUCGCCUUCUUGGAUCUCCUCGACGAGGGAAACAAGAAAGCGGUGGUCCCCCAAAAAUCUCAAGUCAUCGUCACAGCUUCUGUUGCGACCUAUGCACGUCUGCCCAAAGCUGGAUUUGCCUAUGGCAGCAGCAAAGCGGCAGCAGCACAGCUAAGCAAGCAACUCGCAACUCUGUUGGCACCGCACAAGAUCAGAGUCAACUCGAUCGCGCCAGGGCUGUACCCGAGCGAAAUGACUGAGCGAGACAUCAAAGCUUCUACCCAAGAGGUUCGAGAGGAGGGCAGUUUGCCGGGGACUUUUAUUCCGCUGGGGAGGAUGGGCACGGAAGACGAGUUUGCCGGCGCAAUGCUGUUUUUGACGAGCAAGGCGGGAGGAUACGUGGAUGGAAGCGUGCUGCUGACGGAUGGAGGUCGACUGAGCAUCACGACCUCUACAUACUAA